AAAUAAUUCAAAACUCUCGGACUAGUGGAUUUUUUCCAAAUUUUUCAAAAAGUAUCAUAUCUAUCUAUUAUUAAAUUUUACUUUCUUAAAACUCCGUAUGUAUAAUUGCCAUUCUUAAGAGUUCAAGGGAUCGUUGGGCAACAGAUUGGCCAACCGUCCUGAAAAGAAAACUUUGGCAACGUCGUGUACGGUCGUACGAGACACCUGCAACAGCUUAAUACUUUAUAGCGACCCACCCUUUGGACUUACUCGUCGGCGAUAUUUUUUCGAGGGUGUGGGUCGAAGAGCGCCGAGGGCGAGGCGCGAUAAAGGGUAGUUGUUCGAGUUCGUUAGAACGGUGAGAAUAAAAGGAGAGCGGAGGCGAGAUAGGAAGAAAACAGGGCAAUUAUUCGAGGUGGGACAGGAACAUUUUUAUUAAAGUUUCUUAUCGGCCACCCGCGUGAUGUAUAACGUCACGCUCGAAGCGAACACGAUGGCCAUUUCCUCGCGUGUUAGAAGAAACGUAUCCGCGUUUUCGAUCUUUUCGGUUAUUUGUCAUUUAUUUUGUAGGGUUAUUUGAAGAUUUAAAAGUUUUUCGAAAGUUUUUUUUUUUUUUUUUUUACCAUGUCUACCAUGAGAUAUUCGACGUCUGGGUUCUAUUUUCGUUAGAUUUUCCUCGUUAUAGAGAGAGAUGCUUGGAGGGUAUAAUUUUACGAAGUUUACUCGAGAAGGGUUGCGAUGAUGGUUUUGUGUUACCUUUUAUUAUCCUUAUUUGCUCCUCGUGUUGAUUUUACAUGUUACAAUAGAUGUAAAGGGGUAAGUUGAUCUUCGUUUCUUUUAUUAUUUUGUUAUACUUCGAUUUAUUUUUUUUUGAAAGAUAGAGAAAAGUAUUUUUCUAAACAAAGAUUGUAAAAUAUUAAGGGAAAAAGUCGCGUUGUACGGUAUGUUUUAAAUUCUGAUAUUUGUAUUUUUUAUAUUGCAUAUAUGUAAUUAAUAUCGAAAGGUAUUGAAGAAUCUAUAGUGUAUGCAAAUAUCGUUUUGUAAAAAAAAUUUGGUAUUUUAAAAUUGAUGAAAAGUUCGAGGAAAAAUAACGGAGAAAUCCGUUCAUGUACAUUUUCCGAAUAUUGAUUAAAUAUAUUAAUAUUUCGAUAUAUGUUAAUUUUUAUUUUAAAUCGAUAAUAAAUACAUAUUGCAAAUACAAGUAUUUAGCCGUUGAAAGUGGAAUAUAAAACAAAUUCUGUCGUAAUGGCCCAUUAGCUCAGUUGGUUAGAGCGUCGUGCUAAUAACGCGAAGGUCGCGGGUUCGAUCCCCCCAUGGGCCAGAUUUCUUUUUUUUUCUUUCCAUUUAACAUAAAAGAAUCAUUAAUCGUUAUAAUUACUCUUUUCAACGUAGUUACCUCUCCCCCUCCUUUUUUUCUUGUUUUUCUAUCGUUACGUGCACGAAAUACAAAUUCGAAAAGUUCUUCCUAUAGUUAACGCUGUACGGAAACUUUGCGGUGAAUACGUGCUCGUUGGCGAGGAGGUGCGAACCUGGGAAAGGAAUUUGAGUUUUAGUCAAGUACAAAGAAACUUCCGGAACGACGUUCGUGUGUCUAAUUGAGUAACUUUUCUUCGUUCGACGUUGCUUGUUUCGGGGUGAACUGAAAUAGAAGUAUUUUCGGGCAAUCCCGAAAGAGAGAGACAUCGUUUUCGUAAUAGGAAAAAGUUUUUUCGUUUAACUGGACUAACGUUUCGUUUAUUUACUUCGUGUGUUUUAGGUGUACAUAGGUUCAAUGAUAUCAAGUUUCCGCGAAGUUUCGUUUAAUGCCAUAAACCCUAUACCGUAUUACAUUCAAUUUAUCUCUCGUCUGAAAAUAAUUAUUUUUAAUUAAAAAAUAAAUAUAACGAUAUUUAUUCAUGAAUUUGUAAAUAUUAUAUCGAAAAGAAGAAAGUGUUUAAUAUUAAAGCAAAUAGAAAUUGAAUGCACAAUUAUAUUUGAUAUCAUUUUUAUAUUUAAACAAAUUCAAUUUAAUCGAACAAUACUCGUAAAAUAAUAAAUAAAAUCGAAUAUAAAUUUACAUUGUAAAAAAAUUACAAAAAAAAAAAAAAGGAAUUCCGGUACCGGGAAUCGAACCCGAGCCUCCUGGGUGAAAGCCAGGUAUCCUAGCCACUAGACCAUACCGGAUUCACGGAAUGUAUGCUUUACGCUAUACUCUUCAUCUGCCGCUAACCAUAAAAUAAACCAUUCCUUCAUUUAAUUUUAAUCACGAUUUCAACGCGAGCAAUAUCAAAAUCACAUUCCUCUCGUUAAAACAAACACAUCGAUUUAAAAAGAAACCCAACAAAUUUAAUAAAAAAAAGAAAACUACCCAUACACGGAAUCGAUUCUAUCCUCUUUAUUUCCACCGGUAUUAUACACCAGCAAUUUCACCAGUAACGCGUGUUUUUGUAUCGGGGACGCCAUAAAUCCAGGGCAACGAUUUAAAACGCGGCUGCCUCUGUCGUCGGAUUUAAAAACAGUUUACGUUCCGGAAGCGUCGCGACGCUCGGUAUCGGUCGCCGACAGGCCCGGCCAUCCCCCCAUUGGCCGAUUGUUUCUGGCAACAAAUAAUUGAUUUAUUUAUUUUUCCUUUUUGCCCACGUUCUCCUAUUUCCUCCUCCCCGCCUCUCCUCUCCCCCUUUUUUUUCCAAACCAUCGGAAACGUGGCGUGGCGUAUCGACGUCGCGAGGAAAGGUCUGUCGGCCGGGCGGAAAGGACGCCGGACGUCGUUCCGCGAGAGAUACGCGGGCGGAACAAUUAUCGGAUAUCCACGGUUGACAAAUUGCACGGUCAACCGGCCACGUUUUAAUGAAGCUCUAUCGAGCAGUCUGCUCGCGUGUCGGACGGAAAAUGAAAAACGAAACUACCCCCUCGUGCCCGAUGAACUCUCGAGUUCUGGAUCGAUGAAGCGGGAGGAAGGGGGAGAGAGUGAGAGAUUGCUCCGUUCUGGUCGAUUCCAGCUUUACAAUCGAUCGUUGGAAAUCGACAUUGCCGUCGUUUCGUUGCAAUUGAUUCACUCGCGAAUUGAUUUUUCGACAACGAGCGAAUAACAUCGAUCGUAAAUGAAAUUUCUCAGAGAAGCAACGACGAAAAGUUGGGAUUCUUUGGAUCUAAUUUCUUGGGGAUUAACGUUCGCCCGUUCGUUGCCUCGCUAAUUAUCUUACCUAUUAAAGGCAACCGGUACUCGUUAAAAAAGCAUCUUGAAAUCUCGUGGCGGGAUUCGUAGUCGGUAAAUUUAUAUCCUCGCUUAACUAAACGUAUCUCGAGAAAAUCAAGCAACCAUUUCACCGACUCGCAUUCAAUAGCGUCUCACGUACCACCAAAGCGAGCCGCGUCUUCCGUAAUCAUCCUUCUUAAAUCACCGUGCCCCGUUCGUUGCAUAGAUCAUCCCAAGCGGUCCACGUGAGCGUACCUGAUCCAUUUCCCAGGCGGAUUUAUUGCCCGGCCAAUGUAUCCGCCGAGUAUUGGGCCAUUAAAGACGCAUAUUCCCGGUGUUCUCGCGACCCGGGAACGAUCUUGGCAGCGUCGUUUCACCGCGGACGCCCGUGAGAAAAUGUUUUUCUCAUAGCCCGAGGGGGAGGGGGCCGAUUUUAUGGAAGCUGCCGGUGUGCACGACACUUCUCCCUGUCUCUCGUAAAACAAUCAUUUUUCCAUCGGCUCGAGCCGGGCCGCGUGUUCGCAAUAGGUUUGGGAUAUUAUUACGAAAGGGGAGGAUUGCGUUAUGAAUUCGCGGGAAUUUCUGAUUAUUUUCGUUUCGUGAAUUGUAAUCUAAUAUCUUAUUUAUUUUUAUCCAAUAAAUUAACUAAAGCGAGUGGCUUUGUGAAUUUACGUAAUGCAUGUAUUUGUGGGUAUAUUAUAUAAUUGUUUUUUUUUCUGUGAUAAUUAUUAACUAAUUUGAAUGUUAAACUUUUAUGUUAUUAUACAAGAGUAUUUCAAUAGAAAGAAACGCGAUAAUUUAUUCAUUAGCUCGCGUAUGAAUUUGCAAAGUUUUUCACGGUGGAAACGUAUGAUAAUUUCUUUUGAUGUGUAUGGAUAUUAAUUUUUUUUUCUCUCUUUUUUUUUUUAUAGAAUCGAACAAAAAUUGUUUGGGAAAAGUAGACAGCAUUUUAAAUGCUCGAACGAAUCUGUACACAUUCAAUGUUUUCCCCAUUCUCUUUCUCUCUGUGUACUUAUGCGAAACUUGGCGCAGUUUAUUUCGAAGACCUCGUCCCAUGCGUCAAUUUUACACGUUUCUGUUUUCCACCCACGCUUUUCCGUGUCGUCUUUCUUCUUUUUCACGAGAAAUAUAUAACUUUGCCACGGUAAAAAGCACUCCGUUCAAUCGUCGAAGUGCACAGAUUUCGCCGUCAGCUUUUUUUCUUUGUGUCAGUUUUCCAAAAUGUAUCCGAUAUUUCGAAAUAUGAAAUUGCGAAAUAUGAAAAAUUAAAAAACUUAGUACUCGAUUUUCAGGCAUUUAACCAUUAUUAUCGAUACUAUUUAAAAAUAGAACGACGAUCGAAUUAGAAUUAUUUUUGCAGUGUCUACGUUGACUUUAUAUUUUCUUUUUAACCGAGCGUCAAUCAAUUUUCGAUCACUUUCCCGCUUCUUUUUAAGAAUCGUCAUCAUCAUUUUCCAGAAGAAAAAGAGAACAUGGUCAUGCAAUACAAAAUGUUAAUAUAUUCAAAUCGAUAUAUCUACAACUUACUACUAAAUAAUUCUCUAACCUUUGAAAUCACCAUCUCUCCUCCACGAGUAUUUGUACUCUGUGUGUGAAAAAUUUACCAGUAGCCCGUACAGUUCGAAACGAAUUCACCACGCGAGAAAACGACGAGCACGCAGGGAUCAUUGCCGCAUUAAGCAGCGGCUGAGAGAGAUAUAAAAGCAGCUGGCAGUGAUUAAAGGAGACGCUCCUCUGGCGAAACGUCGGGCGAACACGUGAGCCCGCGACAAAGUUUAUUAUUCCGCAUCUGUCGAAGAAAUGUAAAAAAACGAAAAAAAAACAAGGGAAAGAAACUAGUUCCCUUGGCCGUGCACUUGCUUUAUCCGUAUUCUUUUCGAGAACACGAAGAGAGAGAGAGAGAGAGAGAGCUUUGCUCCUCGUCAUAUUCAAUGUAACUCUCUCGUGUGUCUCUCGUAAAAGGACACACAAAGAGUUAAACAGAGAGACCUCUCUUUGUCGCGGAGAACCUCGCAUGGUAACGAGUCUUUCGAAGAUCUUCCGCAUUAAAAGGCGAGUUUCUUGGCGGAGAGAUGGAAAGGAAGGAGAGAAGAGUGGCGAGGGGGGGAGAGGAGAGAGGAGAGGCGAAGAAGUAUGCGAUGGAGGCGAGGGAGGAAGAGAGAGAGAAGGGGGAAAGAAGUACGCAGUUGCACGGCAUAUUUGCCUUGCAUCAAAGAGCUGGAAGGCUCCAUAAUGGAAUUGAGAGGAAUUCGCCGGGCUUCCUGUUUACCGAGCUGAUUUCUUGAUUUUUAUUGCCCUCCUCGCCCCUCCCUCUCCCUCGAUUGCGGGCUAGGGAAUUUUAAACGGUCUUUGAGGCCUCGAGGACCGAGAGCUGUGGAGUUUGGGGAAUCGAAUUGCAGGUUUUUUCUUUCUUUCUUUCUUUCUUUCCUUUUCUUUUUUUUGUUUUCGUACUUUUCGAGAAAUCUAGAUAAAGAUGAUUGAACAGAUGGUUCAAUUAUAGAUACAACAAAUAAAGAUUUAUUACGAAACGGAAGAAAUUCAUCGAUGACAUUUUACUUUCAAAUGGUUUUCCUAAUUUGAUUCAAGAUUAUGAAUUCACACCGAUGCAAAUAAUCUCCGUUUAUUAUAUUUUCAUAAUCGUUCAAGGUUAUUCGAUUUGUGAUUCCAAUUGGACGAUUGAUCGUCGAACAGGAAGGGGGAUAUUAUAAGUAAUAAACGAAGAAAAAACAGGGAUCUUUGAACCAACUUCUUGCCUCCUAUCUCAUUCCGUUGUAUCACUCCGCUCGGUGUUAACUUCUGUGUAUAUCUAAGCUCGCACAGAGAGUAACAUUUUGAAAAGCGACGAAAGGGGGGGAAAGUGGACAAUGGAGAAGCACGACGGAAGUGAAAGGCAAUUAUUGGCGGCUUUGAGCCCGUUGCUGUCCAUGCUGACAGUCGGCCUGACCCUCGGCUUCAACACCGUGCAAUUGAUCCAAUUAACAAGCGUGGCGAACGAGAGCGGGACGGAGGUGCGGAUAACGAGCGAAGGCGAGGCGCAUCUGCUCUUCUCCGCCUCCAGCUUCCCGAUGCUUCUCGGCUGUCUGUUGUCGCCGAUCCUCGCGGAGACGGUGGGCAGGAGGAGGUCCUUGAUGACAAUCUACCCGGUGUCCUUGAUCGGAUGGGCGUCGAUCGGACUCGCGAGGGAUAUCUCGUCGAUCGCGAUCGGGAGGGCGAUCCACGGCCUGGCCGCCGGCCUCUUCACCCCUCUGGCGCCCCUCUACAUCGGCGAGAUAGCGGAUCCGAGGUCCAGGAGCGUGUUCCUCGCCCUGAUAGACGCGGCAAUAGUAUUCGGUCUUCUAAUCGUCGACCACCUCCACGCCUACUACUUACAUUGGAGAAUGAUCGUUCGCGUCUGCUCGGCCGUCACGUGCCUCGUCUCCCUCGCAACCCUCGCGUCUCGGGAGAGCCCCGUCUGGCUGAUGAACAGGGAUCGAGCGGGAGCGUUGCGCCAAUGGAUCUAUCUUCGAGGAUGGGAGUCGGGGAUGGACGAGUAUCGCGACGCGUCGAGACGAAAUGCGCGGGACGGGACGAGGAUGAGCAGGCUAGGAUAUCUUCUGUCGUCCAAACGCUUCUUGUACCCGCUCCUCGUAUCCAACGUCUCGUUCUUCGUUUAUCGAUUCUCAGGAUUAAACUUGGUCGCCGAUCACGCCGUCCCUCGCCUCGUGGAAACGUUCAACAUGGACGACGCUCGCUCCGCCACUUUGAUCGUGCUCGGGCUGAGAUCGAUCACGAGCGUGCUCGCUUGCCACCUGAUAACCAAAUACGAGAGGAAGAGUUUGAUCUUCAACUCAGGAUCGGGCAUCGCGUUUUCUCUGUUCGUCUUGUGGCUCACCACCCAUUUCGACUUACGCUCGUUAUGGUUGAAGGAUAUCUCCUUGCUCGUCUAUUUCGUCUCGUUGGGGAUAGGUCUGUCACCUGUCCCAUGGAUCCUCACCGGAGAAUUGUUCUCGGGCAAGUUGAGAAGUUUCGGGAUCGGCCUCGUGCUGGCCCUCUCGUAUCUCUGCUACAUCGUGGACACGAUCGUGCAGCCGGAAUUGGUGGCCAGGAUCAAGGUGCAGGGAGUUUAUGUAAUUUACAGUCUGUUGGUGAUAGUCGGGGUUGCACUCUUGGACCGCGUGUUAUUCGAGGCCAGGAGGAACGAGGCUCUGCCGAGGAUAGGAGAAAUGUUCGACGAUGAAUUCGAGGAUUGCGGGAACAUUGAGACGAUCUAGGGAAGAAACAAGUUUUGAUAUGUAGUAAUUUAAGUUUCUUUUCUUCAUUUUACGAUUUCACGUAAAACGAUUUAUAAAUUUUCUCUCUUUUUUUUUUUUUUUUUUUGAAUAAUACAUUGUAGAAACAAUUAUUACUACAUUGUUCGUUAUCUGUAAAUAUAGAUACGUAAAUAUGUACGUAUUGAUAAAUCGAUAAGAUCCGCUGCCGUAAUCGGCGAUUGACGCAAUCGAUCGUUCUUAAUGCUUAAACGUUUAAAAUAGCAUCGUGUAUUAACGUGCAUAUUUAACGAACGAUUUACAUAUAUAAAUAUAAAUAUAUCUUAACGUUCGUCAAAUUACAUGAUGUAAUUAUCGAAGUUGUACGAAGUUGGAUAUAAGCUAAAAUUUCUUUUAUACAUUUCUAUAAAAAUUAAUAAAUCGAUAGGGUGUUAUAAAAUUCGAUCGUGAAUUCAAUCGUUCAAAGAUUCUUCAAAAAUUGAAAAUUUUAGCGCCGCUAUUACAAUAGCGGAAAAUUCGGUGUUAUCAGUCGUGCGAUUUAUAAUAUAUAUAUAUAUAAGGACAAUCUCGGGCCAAUUUCCCAUGCGAGACGUGCCCAAAAUGCGCACAAUCUUCAUGAAUGCAUAAUGCGUAUACCACCCCUCCGAUUUGAGAAAGUUUCUGGUGGUGAAACUAAUGCUUUCUUCUCCUCGUCUUUCUAUUUUCUCUCCACGAAUAACGGAAACCCUUUUUCGGAUAUUCUUCUAAUUCCUGUAAUAUAAAAUCCUAAUCAACUAAAUAAUAGAUUCUAUACACUUGAAUGUUCAAUAUUGAUAUUAAUUGUAAUUCAUAAUAUGUUAACGAAUUGUUUCCUAUAUACACGUGUAAUUUUUUCUUAUCUUAAGAAAAUUUAUUUUCCAAUUAUGAUAAAAUUAUCAUACGGAAUAAAUAUAACAUUCAAUUAACACGUGUAAUUGGCACGUAAUUCUGUGUAAAAAUAAAUAUAUAAUUUACACACGUUUUAUAUCGUGUUUUCCAAUUCGAAUUUAAUUUAACGUUGUAAAAAUAUUAUCUGUCGGAAAUAUAAAAGGUUAUAAAAA